AUGGAUCCAGUUAAAUUAGAAAAUGCUUUGGAAAAAAAAUGUGAGAACUACGCUUGGUUAAUGUGGAUUCUAUUUCUUUCGGCCAGUCCAAUUAUUUUUAAUACUGUACAUUUAGCUUCAUAUACGUUCCUUGGGAGAAAUCCUUCUUUCUUCUGCAAUAUUCCGGAGCUGGUUGAGGCAAACUGGACAAAGGAACAAAUAAGAGAAAUCAGCAAUCCUGGAUUAAAGAAACAAAGUUGUGUCCAAUAUGCCUGGAAUUACUCCUUACUGAAAGAUGUGGAUUUCAAUGAAGCUCUCAAUUAUUUUAAUGUACAAAAAAAGCCAGAUGUCGUAAAAUGUAAAAGUUUUAUUUUUGACGAAGAGGUUUUUCAUCAGACAGUAAUCAGUGAGUGGAAUCUUGUUUGUGACGAUAACUCUCUUAGUUUAACUGCUCAGGGGGCUGUAGCGAUGGGAAAGUUUGGUGGAGCUGUCACCUUUGGCCUCCUUGGUGACAGAUUUGGAAGAAAGAAGAUAUUUGUGUUCUCGUGCUUGCUGUAUGCUACAUCGAGUAUAGCGGCGGCUUUUGUAAAUAGCUCUGUAAUGUUCAUUAUAUUCAGAAUAUUGAUAGGACUUGGUGGCGCUGGUGUUCUUGAAGCUGGUUAUACAAUCUUAUUGGAACUAACAGUGAAAAACUACAGGGCAUGUUUAGGAAAUAUGUUCAAUCUAGGUUUUUCACUUGGAAUGAUUUAUCUUCCACUGGCUGCAUAUUUCACCAAUACCUGGAGAGAACUUCAACUAGCUAUCUCAGUACCGAUGGUUUUGUUCGUCAUCAAUUGCUGGUUUUUACCGGAAUCACCAAGGUGGUUAGUAACAAAUGGGAAUUUCGAAAAAGCAGUUGAAAUCAUCGGGAAAGAGCAUGAGUUAGAUUUCAAAGUGACUACUCAUUGCCCUCCAGAGAAAUCUCAAUCCUUUUUAGAUAAAAUAGUUAUUUUCUGGAAUCAUUACUUUGAACUUUUCUCAACACUUGAUCUUACGAAAAGAUUACUUAUUUGCUCAUACGCAUGGUUCAUAGGAAAUUUAUAUUACUUUGCAAUAGCCCUAAACGGAUCAAACAUUGACGUCAACGAGUACCUGUAUAUGGGACUGAAUGGACUAAUCGAAAUGCCAGGGUAUCUGCUACCUAUACUUCUUUUAAAGUACUUCGGUAGAAAGAUUACUGGAAUAUCUCUGUGGUUAAUUGCUGGUGUUACACUGUUAGCAACCAUAGUCCUACCAAAGGGGACAGAAGGCUUGGUGGAUGCCAACUACAGCGUGUGGCUUGCUUGCACUCAUAGGUGCACUUUUAUUGCUGCUUUUACCCGAAACCAGAGAUACUCCAAUGCCUGA